AUGGGCCCGCUCCUCUACCUUUCUCCACUUAAAUACCGGGCUUCGCUUUGCAUGGUGUGGGGCUUGAACCUGCGACCUAAGCCACAAAUCCUCCACUUUUUGCCAUUUGAGCUAGGCCUUGGGGACUUUGGCGAAGCGAUAGGAUCAAAAAUGAGGAGGAAUGAGGAUUUCCGAGACAAGGUGGGAGAUGCCUCCAUUGUGGACAAGACGAGGAAAGCAAGACUAAGAUGGUUUGGGCAUGUGAUGAGGAGAAGUGCAGAGGCCCCAGUGAGGAGGUGUGAGAGGUUGGAUGUAGUGGGUAAGAGGAGAGGUAGUGGUAGGCUGAAGAACUAUUGGGGAGAGAGGUGA